UAUUCGCCGGCCAUCCAUGGGACACUGCUCCCGAUAACGAAUCCCUAUGGCCGGGUCUAUGAUGCCUCGUGCCGCUACCCGCUCGCUACUGUCUUCGCCAUCUUCAGUCUUGGUCAAAAACCGACUUUCCAACUUCCCUAUAGCUCUGGUGCCUUACCACUCACGUGCUUCGCUGUGUUGGGACAGUUCGAGGUCCAAACGGCUAUGUACGCAAAUAUACAGACAUAAUCCUUGGAGUCUGCAGAGAUGUGGACAGGCCCCAUUCACCAUAUCGGCCGUACGGGGAGCAGCGAAUCCGGAGAAGCCAGAGAAAGAUGAUCCUCCUCCCCCUAGAACUCUGACCGCCAUUAAAGAAACACUUAAGACCAGUGUCUCUGCCCUCCGCCACGAAAACAUUUACACCAUUCCCAACAUCCUCACCUUCUCCCGCCUCCUUGCCACACCCGCCAUUGGCUACCUAAUAGUUCAUAACCACCAUCUAUACGCCUUCUCCCUUUUCCUCUACGCCGGCUUCUCCGACCUCCUCGACGGAUGGAUAGCCCGCCGUUGGAAACUGCAGACCGUUGUCGGCUCCGUUGUCGAUCCAAUGGCCGACAAAGCGCUCAUGACGACGCUUGUCAGCUGUCUCGCCAUCAAUGGAACUCUAUCGCUGCCUCUAGCGACUCUCAUCUUGGGCCGAGACAUCAGUCUCGCUGUCGCGGCAGUGUAUUACCGUUAUGCCAGCUUACCAGCUCCGAAGACUUGGGGACGAUAUUGGGACUUCAGUCUCCCCAGUGCGGAAGUGCAUCCAACGACGGUAUCCAAGUUCAACACUUUCCUUCAGCUCGUGCUCAUUGGGACCACCAUGUGUGUAUCCCUCUUGCACGAUCCUUCGGCCAUCAAUUCGGUCGCGGGGACACACUUGCAGAACGUGCAGGAAAUGUUGGGUGGCCCCGACGGUGUGAAGACGAUGGUGCAGGGCAUGUCCGCGGUUGUGGCCGGGACUACGAUCUGGAGUGGUUUGAGUUAUGCGUGGAUGAAGAAUGCGGUCAAGAUCCUGGGGGACAACGAAGCGCUGAAGAGGAAGCAGGGGGCAAGAGGGAGAAUGAUCAUUGGUAGCUGUUUUGGGACAUGUCUCGCGCUUGCGGCUUGGCUGGCGUGGAGAGAAAGAGAGAAGAAGACGGAGGAUGUGGAGCGGGAAGAUGCACGGAAGUAGAUCUAUGUUGUACAAUGGGAUCAAUUCGUUUGAAGCUUUAAGCCACGUCAAUGGCUUUUUAAAUGAUGCACGUCAUCUACAAUCCGGUCGGUUUUGGGGAUGUCUUUCGAAGUGGUUAAUAGUUCCUUCCAUGAAGUCAGUUACUAGAUACACUUGUGUAGGGUACAAUACAAGUC